CCCUGGGAUGCUGUUCAUACUGCACACAAACAUGGCGGAACCCAUGGAGCUGCAGCUGCUCUGCUGGGGAGGCGACUGGGAUCUGCCGUCAGUGCACACAGACUCCCUCGUUGUGCUGGCUUAUGCAAAGUUUGCUGGGGCAGAGCUUGCGGUAAAGUCUGUUGACUGGACGUGGAGGACUAUUACAGCAUCUGUGCCACAACUAUAUUAUGAGGGAUCCACAGUCACAGAACCAACACAAAUUCUAAACUUCCUACGAAAACAGAGUUUCAAUGCCGACUAUGAGUUGACAGCUAAGCAAGGGGCAGAUACAAUGGCUUACAUCGCACUACUGGAGGAAAAGCUGCUGCCAGCACUGCUGCACACAUUCUGGGUGGACGCAGAGAACUAUGCUAACCUGACCCGGCCCUGGUUUACGUCACAUUCCCCAUUCCCCCUCAACUUCUUUGUACCGGGUCGACAGGCCAGUUUGGCUUUGUCUCGCAUCUUACUGACCAAAGCAGAGUCGCCAUUGCUGAACAUCACAGAGGUGGAGGGAAAGAUCUACAGUGAAGCCAAAGAGUGCCUGAAUUUGCUCUCCCACAGACUUGGGAACUUCCGCUUCUUCUUUGGAGACACGCCUACAAGCCUGGACGCCUUUGUAUUUGGCCACAUUGCCCCUCUUAUUAAAGCCCCUCUGCCCAGUGGGCAGCUUCAGAAGCACCUAAACCAACUUGAUAACCUCUGCCAGUUCUGCAACACCAUCCUUAAAAACUACUUUACCGAUGCCACCACUGAGAAGAGAAUGGACUGUUCACCAACGGCUACCCAUGAUCCUGUUGAUGCAAACCUCCAGAAACUGACACAACUUGUUAACAAAGAGUCCAACCUUAUUGAAAAGAUGGAUGACAAUCUUCGCAGCAGUCCGCAGCACAGACCGCACAGACAUGAGGCCAAACCCUCGGCCAUGGCCAGCGAAAGGAGCUCAACCUGAAAACCCUAUCUAAGCACUGACUUUACCAUUAUUUAUUUUUUUCCCAUGGAAAUUGAAAUAAUUUCCAAAUCAUAUUUAAAAUCGAACACAUUGAUGAGGUCAUAAUAAAUGAAUGCUAGUUUUUCAUAAUGAAGUUGCUGAAAUGUUGGUUAACUUGGUUUGAGUGUCGGAUUUUGUAAUACAACACCAUAAAGGGCUUGUUAAAUAGGCAGUCGUCAUCUAAUGUAUAUACGUAAGAAUCAUUAGCACAUGUGGCAACUACAUACAUAUACAAAAAGGGAAAUGCUGACAAUUGAUAUCUUGCGAUACAAAUUUUAUUGUUUAAAGGAGAUGCAGCUUUUAUUUCAGUUGCAUUGCUCUUGCUCCUGGCUGUCUUUGGCUUUCUCUUCAAAUAAUAAUUGUAUAGGGAACUUUGAAUGCACAAGCUUGCUUUCUAAAUGCAAAGGCUUUAUGUAUAAGUUUUAUGGUGUUUUAUUUUUUCAAUCCUGCCCAAACACAAUUACAGGUAUAUUAUAAGCUUUACGGUUGAUAGACUGUUUCAGCUUUUAUUUCAUCAUAGUGUUGUUUAAAAUCAAAUUAGGAUUUAAAAUUUUACAUCUUAAAGGUUCACAACAGUUACUUUAGUGCAUAUGGCAGGUGAAAUAUCAUGCAUGUAUUGGCAUUGUGCCUCAUUACAGCAUAACUUUCUCUUAGUUUAACUGAUUUUUCCAUUUCUCUCACUUGAUUAUGUAACCUUCAAAUUCUUGAUUUUUGGUGCAAAGGGAUCUUGAAAUCUGAUUGUGUGUACUGUGUAUACAUUUAUUGUUCUUCAAAUUCCUCGGGAGGUUUUCUACAUGCAAGGAAUGCCUUAAAAGUCCAGUGCUGUGUCACGCCAUCUCACCUGACUUUAUUUUUGAUGUAAUCAUUAUUCAUUGUCUCUCAAGAAAUUGUAUAUUUCGAAAUAUAUGAGUGUACAGCAAUGUUCAAAUAUAUGUAUGUAUAUAUGUAUGCAAGAAAGUAAAAUUCUUUGAAAUAGACAA